AUGCUGGCCGCUGGAGAGAGCCACACGGUGCUACUCAGGAGCGACGGCACCGCCGCGGCCUGCGGCUGGAAUGAAGAUGGUCAGAACAACGUCCCGGCGCUGCCCGCGGGCCUGACCUACACGCAGGUCGCUGUUGGAUUUGGCCACACGUUGCUGCUCAGGAGCGACGGCACCGCCGUGACCUGCGGCUGGAGUGACGAUGGUGAGUGCGACCUCCCAGCGCUGCCCGCGGGCCUGACCUACACGCAGGUCGCUGUUGGAAUGGCCCACACGGUGUUGCUCAGGAGCGAUGGCACCGCCGCGGCUUGCGGCUGCAAUGACGAUGGUCCUGGUGAGUGCGACCUCCCGGCGCUGCCCGCGGGCCUGACCUACACGCAGGUCGCCGCUGGAGGGAGGCACACGGUGCUGCUCAGGAGCGACGGCACCGCCGUGGCCUGCGGCAGCAAUCAUGCUGGUCAGUGCGACCUCCCGGCGCUGCCCGCGGGCCUGACCUACGCAGCUCAUUUGUGUCCAGCGCUGCUCCUGCAGGUGUCGCUCGAUGGCGGCUCAAUGGUUUUCGUCACCAUCGGCGGGGUGGAGCGAUGCAGGAUCAGGGCGGCGCCCACCGCCCGCCUCGCAGACAUCUACCUCCAGCUCGUGGCCGAGCACCGCGCGGGCAGGCUGGGCCCCGGAGCCUGGCGCGUCGAGGCGAUCCUGCCGGGGGGCCGCCCGCUCAGCAGCGCCGCGGCCGAGGAGACGGUCGUCGGCGCAUUUCCCGCCGCAGCCGAGCCGCCGGCGCAGCGAAGGAGGACGGCGUUCGGAUAA